AUGGAGGAGAUCAGGUGUGAGGAUCAGUUCGACAGCUUAGACAAGCAUACACAGUGGGGGAUUGACUUCCUGGAAAGAUAUGCCAAAUUUGUUAAAGAGAGGAUAGAAAUUGAACAGAAUUAUGCAAAACAAUUGAGGAAUCUGGUUAAGAAGUACUGCCCCAAACGGUCAUCCAAAGAUGAAGAGCCAAGGUUUACCUCGUGUAUAGCCUUUUUUAACAUUCUCAACGAGCUAAAUGACUAUGCAGGACAGCGAGAAGUAGUAGCAGAAGAAAUGGCACACAGAGUAUAUGGUGAAUUAAUGAGAUACGCUCAUGAUCUGAAAACGGAAAGAAAAAUGCAUCUCCAAGAAGGACGAAAAGCUCAACAGUACCUUGACAUGUGCUGGAAACAGAUGGAUAAUAGUAAAAAGAAAUUUGAAAGAGAAUGUAGAGAGGCAGAAAAGGCACAACAGAGUUAUGAAAGAUUGGAUAAUGACACUAAUGCAACCAAGGCAGAUGUUGAAAAGGCUAAGCAUCAGUUGAAUCUGCGUACACACAUGGCUGAUGAGAAUAAAAAUGAAUAUGCUGCACAGUUACAAAACUUUAAUGGAGAGCAACACAAACAUUUCUACGUAGUGAUUCCCCAGAUUUACAAGCAACUACAAGAAAUGGAUGAAAGGAGGACUAUCAAACUCAGUGAGUGCUACAGAGGGUUUGCAGACUCAGAACGCAAAGUUAUUCCUAUCAUUUCAAAAUGCUUGGAAGGAAUGAUUCUUGCAGCAAAAUCUGUUGAUGAAAGAAGAGACUCUCAAAUGGUGGUAGACUCCUUCAAGUCUGGAUUUGAGCCUCCAGGAGAUUUUCCAUUUGAGGAUUAUAGUCAGCAUAUUUAUAGAACCAUUUCUGAUGGGACCAUCAGUACAUCCAAACAGGAAGGUGGGAAGAUGGAUGCCAAAACCACAGUAGGAAAGGCCAAGGGCAAGUUGUGGCUCUUUGGAAAGAAGCCAAAGCCACAGUCCCCACCCUUAACCCCUACUAGUUUAUUCACAUCCAGUACUCCUAAUGGGUCCCAGUUUCUCACAUUCUCCAUUGAGCCCGUGCAUUAUUGUAUGAAUGAAAUAAAAACAGGGAAGCCCAGAAUUCCUUCUUUCAGAAGUCUCAAAAGAGGGUGGUCGGUGAAGAUGGGUCCAGCACUAGAAGAUUUCAGUCACUUGCCACCAGAGCAGAGACGCAAAAAACUGCAGCAGCGCAUUGAUGAACUUAACAGAGAACUGCACAAAGAAUCAGACCAAAGAGAUGCACUCAACAAAAUGAAGGAUGUGUAUGAGAAAAAUCCACAAAUGGGGGAUCCUGGGAGUUUGCAGCCCAAAUUAGCAGAGACUAUGAAUACCAUUGACCGUCUGCGUAUGGAAAUCCACAAGAAUGAGGCUUGGCUCUCUGAAGUUGAAGGCAAAACAGGUGGGAGAGGAGACAGAAGACACAGCAGUGACAUAAAUCAUCUUGUCACACAGGGACGAGAAAGCCCUGAGGGAAGUUACACUGAUGAUGCAAACCAGGAAGUUCGUGGGCCACCCCAGCAGCAUGCUCACCACAAUGAGUUUGAUGAUGAAUUUGAAGAUGAUGAUCCUUUGCCUGCUAUUGGACACUGCAAAGCUAUCUACCCUUUCGAUGGACACAAUGAAGGUACUCUGGCCAUGAAAGAGGGUGAAGUUCUAUACAUAAUUGAGGAGGACAAAGGCGACGGAUGGACCAGAGCUCGAAGACAGAACGGUGAAGAAGGCUAUGUUCCCACGUCAUACAUAGACGUGACUCUAGAGAAAAACAGUAAAGGUGCAGUAACUUAUAUCUAAACUAACUGGGCCACUCUGUGCUGUGCUUGACAUAAGAACGAUACGAUAAAAUGAAAGCACACUCAUCAGGUUGGUGAAGAGAAAACUUAAAGGGCACCCAAGACUUGUUCACUAUGAGAGCUGAGCGUAGGCUUGAUCUUAGAGGUGUGAUAUUAGCACAAGAAGAGGUUCUCAUGAUGUUUUACCAUUUGAGUGGUGUUGGUGUGAAGCUUACUUGAUGCCCUUGCUUUAUGUCCUGCUUCAGUCUGUGUGAAGGAUUUGUGUUUUGCUGGCUUAUAAAUCAUAGAAUUUGAUUUAUUGGAUAGGACUCCAUGGGUAGGACUCCUUUCAUCCACUUCAGGUAAUACGGUGACGGUAGUGAAUUGAAAGUUAAACUGCUCUGAAUGCUAGAGAAAACUGAUUCCCAAAAGAGUGGUCUCUUCUAGGGGUUGGGGGUUUUAGCUCUACUUUUCAAGAAGAAGAAUAGUUGAUUAAUGAGUAAAGUAGUUUAUUUUAAUGAUUUUCAUUUGCCUUUCUACUUCUAACUCUGAUUUCCUAAAGGAAGAAAACACAGCCCUAGGACAUGAUCUAUUUAAGUAGUAGGUUAAUCAAGAGACCUUCAAAAUAAAUCAGCCUGGUCUAAUAUUUUUCUAAUAAUGUGCAUGCUCCCUUCUUAAUUAAUCAUAGGUUUGUACUUUUCAUUUUGAAAAUGUCUUUUGGGAAAUACCACCUUAGUGGUGAUGUUUAGUGGUGACAUAUUGGAAAAUGGAUCUAAAUGAACUCAGGACAUCUUGAUUGGAGACGAAGUACUGGCAAACACUUGUAAAAGGAAAGGUUUUUAUUUUUUAAACUGGCUGAUUUGGUGAAGAUACCUGUAUCACCGUUUAGGGCAUUUCCUCAUUGUAGCUGAAUCAUCUUUAUUUGACUAGAUUAUUUUCUCCCCAAUGAAUUUCAACAAGCAUUGGUUGUAAACAGGCGUAGAGUCAGUCCCACCAUUUUCUCACAAGGCCUGUACAACUUGACUUGUAUGAUCACAUCCUAGGUCGGUUGAUGGGGAAACAAGGUGAGGGAGGAGCUAAGAGGCUUUCCCUUAGCUUGGCACAUGCUCCUGAUUUUUUGGGUGUUCAGUAGCUGGUAAUAAAAUGUAGAGACAUUUAGGGCUGACACUUUUGAACUGAACACCCCUUUUGGUUUUACCAAAGGUCUUCAGUAAUUGUUCUUUUCUUUUUCCUCCUGGACUGCAGGUUCCUGAAGAGGGUUUCUGAGGAAAUGGGCAAGAUGUUGAAGGAGGUUACAUGCAGCUGCUUUUGGGGGGAGGGUCUUAGAAUUUUCAGGCUCAAAGAGAGAGAAGCAAGUUGCAUGAGUGCAUGCAGACAUGAAUAUUUUUUACUAACUUCAUUAGCAUUUCCAUACAUUGUGUUUUUUAAUCCCAACCCUUAAAUUCCUAGUUCUCCUUAUGAAGGAGAGGGGGCAAAAAGAGCCAAGUGUGGCUCACCUUUUUUUCCACGUAUUUUACUGAUGUUUCAAAUCAGAAAGAGUACAGAGCCAUCAUUAACUUUGUCUCACAUUUGGCUGUCCCAACAGGACUGUCUCCAUCCCAGCUCUCUCUUAAUUGGCUUUUAGAUCCAUUGUCUUCUAGAAUCCUUGCCAUCUGUCAGUGUUUGCCUGCGCCAUCUCUGUGCUUGCGUAACAUCCUGUUGCAUGUCUAGAGUGAUCGGUUUAUAUUUGUCAGGCAUGUCUGUAUAAUCCCCUGUUGUUGUCAAUGCUUCUGUUUUGUUCUACAUUGGUAGUGCAAACCACUUUGUCAAAAACGUCUCUGCACUAAUGUCCCCAUCCUAGUUUUUGUGUAUGCUGCUAUAACUUCCCACUGCACAACAUUCCAGUUUUGGCAUUAUGAAAAGAAGUAGCCUAUGAACCUGACGUGUUUGUGAUAAGAAAAGGAAACAUCUCUGCCCUGGCCUACCGCCCAGUGGAAAGAACUGUGCAACGUCCCAUAUCUGUCUUCAGCACCUCAGCCAGUCUGGGAAGACUCUAGUCAGCACUCAAGCCCUGGCAUAACAGACACGGAAGAUGCUCGCCACAUCAAGACAAAGGACUGUUUUCAAAAGUCAGCUGCUUCCAUUCAAAUGCUGCCUUAAACUCGAGUGCCUAAAUCUGUUGAUUGCCAACCCGACCACUACAGUAUCCCACAAAGGGCUUUAUGUGUCAGUGCAGCGCGCGCGACCUCCUUUAACACUGCAGCUCUGCUGCGGCUGCCGAACCUCAGUAGGUGGCUUUAAGAGCUCUACCAUGUCCCAUGGUGCAUCUUCAACUGUGUGCAUCCAGCUCAAGUCAUCGCCGAGUCCCUUGUCCUUUGCUCAGUGUUCCUAGCAAAGUUUUAUGGAUCCUCCCCAAUGUCUUUUAAUUUAGGGUUAUGAAAUCCUCAUUUGAUUCUUAACAAUGGUCAUCUGUUUCCAAGUGAUGCUUUUGUUUUAAACUUGAUAUAAAAAUUAGUGAAACUUUGUAAGGAUCUUUGUGCACUUUUAAUUGUAAAAUGAAAUUUCUUUUAUGUUUAUACCUGUAAAUAUAAUUGUUGUUAGUGGUCCCUAUUGCUCAUGUUGCCCUGCUUCGCAUUUGUGGUUCUGUUACUGACUUGGAUCCUAACUGAUUUCUUAGUAGUGUUGUAAUUGAGAAAUAGGCGGGGCUUGGGUAGGGGCGGGGUGUUUGUACCACUGAAACUUCAUUAAUUUGGUUCUUUACUGUUUUGAGGGAAGAAAGAGAACGUGAACUGGUCUGUGUAUUCUUGUAUUUUAAGCAAUAUUUUAGAAGCUGUGUGACUGCUUUAAUAAUUUUUCCCCAGUGUUAUUUGAAUCUUACUACCAGUUAUACUAAAGCUGAAUGACGAUUGUGUGAACGUUCAUAAUGCCUUCGUAAGAUCAAGUAUGCCACUGUUACACAGCUGAUAUAGAGUGUAUUAUCUUUGAGGCUAGUAAACGAUAAAGUUUUAGAUUUUGAAUCUUGUUACAGGGUUAUUUAUAUAAUGUGACAUUAUUCAGUACGGACAGACUACGUGAAGUAGUUUUAAAAUCUAGUGCUAUUUUUGUUUUAAAGGUUAGCGAUAAGGAGGAAAUGUGAUCUGGCUGUGUUUGUCUUCUGUACAAAGCCUGACGUGCUUGUAUUUUUUGGCUAGCCGCCACAGAGGGCAAAGUUUAAGGCUUUCUUAUAAGGACUAACUGUUCUUUUCAAGCUACUGUUUGUUUUGUAAAAGCAGGAUUUGCUUCCGUAGGAGGCAAGUUCCUUCCAGUGGACUCGUGUAACCUGUAUAUGGAUUAUUACACUAGGAGAGACAUUUGUACUUGCACAGUUUAAAUCAUUCUUAAAUCAUUCUUAAAUUUUGAACAUGUGAAUUGUCCCAAGAGAAGUCUUUAAUUUCCCAGUAAUUUUUACUCUUUGUGUGCACAUGUUGAUUUCUUAAUGGUAAAUGCUUUGUUUAAGAUAGUGUUCUUGUUGAAAAUAUUUUCAUGGAAUAAAACAAUCUUUUCAAUGGUCA